AUGACCAUGACCACCAUGCCAGAAAGUCUCAACAGCCCCGUGUCGGGCAAGGCGGUGUUUAUGGAGUUUGGGCCGCCCAACCAGCAAAUGUCUCCUUCUCCCAUGUCCCACGGGCACUACUCCAUGCACUGUUUACAUUCGGCGGGCCAUUCGCAGCCCGACGGUGCCUACAGUUCGGCCUCGUCCUUCUCCCGACCGCUGGGCUACCCCUACGUCAACUCGGUCAGCAGCCACGCGUCCAGCCCCUACAUCAGUUCGGUGCAGUCCUACCCGGGCAGUGCCAGCCUCGCCCAGAGCCGCCUGGAGGACCCAGGGGCGGACUCCGAGAAGAGCACGGUGGUGGAAGGCGGUGAAGUGCGCUUCAAUGGCAAGGGGAAAAAGAUCCGCAAACCCAGGACAAUUUAUUCCAGUUUGCAGUUGCAGGCUUUGAACCGGAGGUUCCAGCAAACUCAGUACUUAGCUCUGCCCGAGAGGGCGGAGCUCGCGGCCUCCUUGGGACUCACGCAGACUCAGGUCAAGAUCUGGUUCCAGAACAAGCGCUCCAAGUUCAAGAAGCUGAUGAAGCAGGGCGGGGCGACUCUGGAGGGUAGCGCGCUAGCCAACGGCCGGGCCCUGUCUGCAGGCUCCCCACCAGUACCGCCGGGCUGGAACCCUAAUUCCUCAUCCGGGAAGAGCUCAGGCAGUAGCGCGGGCUCUUACAUCCCCAGCUACACGUCGUGGUAUCCAUCCGCGCACCAAGAAGCUAUGCAGCAGCCCCAACUCAUGUGA